CAUAGUGAAGGCGAUCUUUGCAGAUCGUAUUUGUUGAACGAGCAAGGCUCAUUUGCUUUGCCUUAAUUAUAUGCAAACACAAGUUGGUUGAAAACUAUUAACGAAACUAUAAAGUGACGCCUAGUGAUGAGUAGGGCAAUCGAAAUGUGUACACCGUUUUAAUAUUUCAUCUUUUAUUCGAACUCACGAAAAAUUUAACAUAUUUCCAUCUGCCAAUAUAUUCUUUGUUUGCAAGCCCUUUGAAGUUGACGUGUAGUGUAAUUUUUUUGAAAACGGAAAACAACGAAUAUCGUGCAGUGAUAAAAUUUUUUGUUUUGCAAGAUUUAUCAAUAGCAGAAAGUCAUAAAAGUGAUGAAAGUGUUAAAGGAAUUUGCUUUUUUAGUUCCAACUGUGCAUCGCUCAAUUUAAGAGUUUAAACGUGGCCUUAGAAGCGUUGAAGUUGAAUCGCGCAGUGGAUUCUAAAAAGUGAUUUUGUUCGUGAAGGUCCACUAGGCCUUACUAAGCGUGAAUUAGCUGAUAUUAAAGGCAUCUCAAGUGAAUGAAUACAGCAAAAUUCAUAUGAAAAAAUAAAAAAUUUCACGUAUAAAAAAUCUUGUCGGUUAAAUCUUUCGUUACCCAUUCAACACAAAAAGCUGAGGAAAAGUAUUUUGCAGUGCUCCCGGAAAAAAGGAAAACCAUUACAAAGAAGUACAGAGAUAUAGCAAUUACGAAAGAGAAAGUCGCAAACUGAGCCUUGACCUAUAACAUCAGCAGAAAAACUGCGGCUGCCUUGAAUGCGUACAGACGCAAAGGAACGUCAUCAACUUCGCAGCAUCAUUCAUCAGUGUGGAGGACCAUUCUUAUAUGAUCCGAAAAUAAUAAGCCCGAUGUGCUUUUGACAAUCGUUCUAGUUUUUUAUAUCUUCCGAGAAACGCAAAUUUGUUUCAUUUCUAAAAGCUCCCAAAAUGGCUGCGAAUCAAACUAACACCGGCAGCCAAUUGUCGCUGGAGCCUGCGCACAAAACAAUACAACUAAAUAAACCCGUUAAACACAAUUUCUUCCCCGAGGUUAAAUUCUCCGGCUUGCCAGUAAACGGCGAUCACCUUCUGAAAAACUGUCUCAUCACGAUCGAAGAUGGCAAUGGUGGUGACCAACUCGCCAAGAAGCCCCCUGAAAUUAUAGCGAGUAAAGUCGUGAAAAAGCAGAAAAGUUUGAUUUUAAACGAAUCGCAUGAUUCAAUGGAUUCGAGUUCUGCAGAUAAAAAGAAACCGGAGAUACCUGAUGGUGGCUACGGCUACGUUAUAGUGGUGACCUCGCUUGUAAUCUCACUCAUUACCGAUGGCUUGGGUUUUUCAUUCGGUCUACUUAAUUCAGAAUUAUUGGAUUAUUUUGGUGAGUCACCAUCGAAGACAGCCUGGAUUAGCUCGCUGUUCUUCUCAGUACCAUUGCUAAUGGGUCCCAUCUGGUCCAAUUUGGUUGAUAAGUAUGGCUGUUGUAAGAUGACCAUAUUUGGCGGCUUACUAUCAUCCAUUGGAUUUGGUCUUUCUUCACUUUGUAAUUCGGUGGAAAUGCUAAUGUUGACUUUCGGCAUCAUCUCUGGUCUAGGACUGGGUAUUGGUUAUGUCACAUUGGUGGUAUCAAUCGCUUUCUGGUUCGAUAAGAAACGCACAUUCGCCACCGGUAUUGCUGCAUCGGGCAGUGGCAUUGGUACCCUCUUGUAUGCACCGCUGACGCAGUCACUAAUCGACAGCUAUGGGUGGAGAAGUGCCACACUCAUUCUCGCUGGCACAAUACUGAAUAUUUGCAUCUGUGGUGUAUUUAUGCGCGAUCCCGAUUGGCUGAAAGAGGAAAAACGUCUAGAAAAUCGUUCGCAAAGUGUAGCGACGUAUUCCAAUUCGAGCGUUUGUACUGAAGAAAUCAAGAAAGAAGAGGAAACCAAGAAACUUGUUCUUAACAAAUUAGGGUCUAAAACCAGCACAGAAGUUAAUCAGCCAAUCAACGACCUACAUAAGUUCAUUAUAAAACCCUUCCGUAGUGAAAUAUUCUUACCGACCUUUUCGGGUUCUCAGGAUUUAGGCAGCAUAUACGACUUCAAGAGUCUUGCCAAGCGCUCGCUACGACACAAUAUUGAAAUUGACCAACUUUCACGUGAUAAUUCACACUUGACGUCUCCCGCAGAUGCUAACCCCACGGUGGACAUUAACGCCGCUCGCAAUGGCACGAUAAAGGACGAUAUUGCCGCAAAGGCGGACGAUGAGACGGUCACAUCCUUUGUGCCUCUAAUCCCGCACGAUGUGCGAUGCAGUUCCACUUCCUUUAUGUCGCUUAAAAGUAAUAUACCUACAGUUAUAGAGGAAAACAGCGAAAUGAAUGAGUCAGCGAAAUGGACAUAUGACGACAGUAUUAUCGGCAUUCGUCAGCUUUCAAAAUCAAAGAAGCCCACCUCCCGCACAAAUUUACAACGCAACACAUUAACGCGGCAUUCUAAUUUCCCGAUGAAUAUACGAUUGUAUCGCAAUCCAAUGCAUUAUCAUGUUCCAAUGUUAAACACCCAUCGCCAUCGGCAACGCGCAAACUCGUGUCCCAUUAUCUACAGAAACUCCAUGACGCCGAUCGCAAAGAAGCAGGAAGAUAGUUGGUACGGAGGAAUCGUUGACACAAUGAAGGCAGUGUUUGACUUCUCAUUGUUCUCGGAUAUGAAAUUUACGUUAUUUAAUAUAUCAACAUUGUUUUUGUUCAUGUGGUUCACAAUUCCAUACCUUUACCUGCCUGAGUACCUGAAAAUUCACGGUUAUGAAACGGGAGAGAGUGCACACGUGAUUUCGGUCAUUGGUAUUGCGCAAACCAUUGGCAUGAUCGGCCUAGGCUAUGUUGGCGAUCGUCCGUGGAUGAACAUUAAUAUCUGCUAUUCGGUGUGUAUGGUGGUGUGUGGCAUUUCGGUGCUGCUAAUGCCAAUUCUCGCCGCCAAUUACAGCUGUCUGGUGUUGAUGUGCAUCACCUUUGGCUUCACAUUCGCCAGCUCAUAUUCGUUUACGCCCAGCAUUUGUGUCAGUAUUGUAGAUUUAAACGAUUUUACGUGCGCCUACGGAUUGGUGCUGUUAGUUCAAGGUCUCGGUAUUAUUGCCGGGCCACCGAUGGCAGGCGCAAUUUAUGAAAUGUCGCUGAGAUGGGAUCACUCAUUCUAUUUUGCCGGUGUAUUUAUUGUCCUCUCUGGCGUGGCCGCCUAUUUGAUAGAAUUCUGCGAGAAGCGCGAAAAUAAUGGCGCCUCUGCAGCGAAGAAAGCUCCAUUAAUCCAUUAAGUGUGUUUGAUAAGAAAUUUAUGUAUUGUGUGCCUAUAUAUAAUUAGUAUAUUUUAUAUUAGUAGUAUUUGUAAAUAUUUAUAUAAAAAUUACUGAUAAGGUUCGUAGUAAAAAUGUACAUAUUAGCCUAUUCGUGCUGUAUUUCAUGGAUUUAUAGAGUUUUAAUUCAAUUAAAAGUAGAAAAAAUUAUCAUUGUCUUCACGCUGAAAAAUUUGAAUGUUGAAAUUAAAAAAAAAAUAUCACUUUCACAGCCAUGAUCAAUGUAAUAGUGAACAUUUUAAGAUUUUUUAUUAAUAAUUUCUUUUCAUGAGCCUAAAACAUAAUUGGACUCUUCAUUUGGUCGGCCACAGGUCUUCAUAAUUUUCAAGGACUAGUAAUAUUUACGCAUUUUAUAAAAAAUUCACACAAAACUUCACUUUUUUCAAUGAAGCAGAAAACAAUUGGUGAAAUUAUAGUGUAAUAUUAUUUUUGCAAAACCUCA